CGCCGCUCCCCGCGCCCGGCCCCCGCGCCUGCACUUGUUGCAGACUUCACGCCAGAUGGAAUUUUAUGACUUGCUGGAUUCUGAAUAGGACGAGGAGAUGCGUCUGAUAAGAUACAUCACUUUGAGAUCACAGAAUGAAAGCAGCAUGAAAUGUUAUGGCAAAGACAGCACAGCAAGAUACAGGAGUCUUGCAAAUCCUCAAAAAUCAGGUGCCUGGCAUACUGAACCUAUUGAUCUGUGUGGGAUUUGUGCUGUGGUCCAUUUAUUGAAGAUGUGAAACCACAUCGAGUCUGAGAUUGGAAUUACUGACAGACAGACUGGAGGAAAUCUUAGUCCUCGUGAUGCACAUGGACAUGCUGAAUUAUAAGUAAUUCUAGCUUCUUUUUCCCUCCCCUCCCUUCCCCUCAGUUAUCUCAGGGUUCAUAGAGAUUUCAAUGGUUUGUGUGCCUGUAAGUUUGGAACAGAAGUGACCAAAAAUGGGGGACCAGCAAUUGUAUAAAACUAACCAUACUGCCAACAGCAAUGAGAACUUGUACUACCAACAACACCAAAUGAACUCCCUUCCAUCUCUAAAUCAUAGCUAUGGGACAUCUGUUAUGGAUGCUCGCCAGGCAUCCCCUCUCUCCCCCCAUUUUCCCCAAGAUUCAAGAGACAGUAUAGCUUUGCCUGUAGGUUCAAAAAGUCUUGGGUCAAUGGAUACAUCUAGACAAACCAGUUGGACACAUUCUGGCUCAGGAAACCAUGUCCCAGUGAGGAACAAUUUGAAUAAUCAAAGCGCAAUGUGGAGCCCCCUCGGACAGGGGGAGUCCCAUGACGGAUACCAAUAUUCUUACUCUCAACCCAGUGAAAACCGAUCACAAAAAAUCACCAGUGGGGUCCUGCAUAAAUUGGACUCCUUUACACAAGUAUUUGCUAACCAAAACCUGAGAAUUCAAGUCAACAACAUGGCUCAGGUUUUGCACACUGAGUCUUCGAUGGUGGAUAAUUCUGGUGACAGUGCACUCAGGCAGCUGCUGUCCCAGAAGCCAGCGGUUGAGCAACAGCCUGUAACUUCCAGUGUACAAAGAUAUCAACCACUGCCACAGCAAACACACCAGAAUUUUGCAAGCACACAGCAAAAGCAACAAAUUCAAGUCAUGCAGCACCAACAGUUGUACUACGACUACCAGCAGCAUUUAUCACAAACGCAGAUGCAUUCUGCAUUUCAGCAAGGACAGACACAUGUUCAACAAAUGCAGUCCCAGCAGCUCUUACCGCAACAGAUGCAGCACUUGCAGCAGACUCAAUACUACGCUCAGCCGCAGCAGGUACAUCAGCGGCUCUCGAUACAGGAGAUCCAGCAGCAACAGCCAACUCGGCAGCAGCAACAGCGGCAGUGUCCAAUGCAAAUAGCUCAGUAUUACCAAACUCAACCUGUCAUGCAGCAGUUACAGCAACAGCAGCAACAGAUGCAAUUGCCGCUUCCUCCGUAUCACAGGGAACCCGAUCCAAAGACUAUGCAUGAACCACACCAGUACUCUCAGGAUCCAGGUCAUCCUGUGCAGCUUAUCCAGUUGGGAGCAGUGCCUCAGUAUUGCUACCAAGAUCCCCAUGAACAGUACAGGCACUUGUACCCGCAGAGUUUACUGCAACAGCAAGAUCAGCAGAAGCAAUACUCAAGUGAGAGCAGAGCACCAUCUCUGAACUCCCAUGUUGGCCUCACUCCACCAGGGACCACUGAGGAUCCCGCACGGCAGGAGGUUAAUUCUGUAGGUAAUGCUGUCCCUCAUCGAACUCUUUUGCCACCCUCAGGAGUUCAUUUGAACAACAAAAGCUCUCAGCAAGACUCUCCCAGCGCCGUGUGGCCUCAGCAGGUGCAACUGUCAGAUGGCAGACUGCAGCCGUUGUCCCCAGACCAAAGUGGCCAGAACAGAGAAACGCUUCCUGAGAGAGCUGAUGCGAAGAACAAGCUAACGUGUUCAAUAUGCUUGAAGGAGUUUAAGAGUUUGCCUGCUCUAAAUGGUCACAUGAGGUCACAUGGAGGAGUAAGAGCAUCUCCUAACUUCAAACAGGAUGAAGGAGAGAAACCACCACAGCAGCUGCUGCCUAAAGAGGUGGAUAGCCUCGCACCCAUCGUCAUGCCAGUGUCUGUCCCUGUAAAGCUUCUGUCACCCGAGCCCAGCACGCAGCCCUCUGCCAGCACUGCCACAGUCAAAGACAAGCCUGCCAACUCUGUGUCAGAUGAUGAGAUGCCCGUUCUCGUGAAGAUGACUUACUCUCCACCGUGCAGUCCAAAAGUGGGCAACCCCUGCUCAUCCUCUGAAAUUAGCAAAAAACCUCACCAAAGUGCUGUGAAAUUGGAAGAAAGCUUCAAACCAUUGCAGGACAAGAAGAAGUAUCGGCACAGACCCGAACCUCUUUUCAUACCUCCUCCUUCCUUCAACUUCAGCAUGUCCCACUCUGGUGCCACUCUGUACCAGAGCCAGCUUCGCUCUCCCCGUGUUCUCGGAGAUCAUCUGCUAGACCGGACGCAUGAGCUCCCACCCUACACUCCACCACCAAUGCUUAGUCCAGUUCGGCAAGGGUCUGGUCUCUUCAGCAGUGUUAUCACAUCAUCUCAUAGCACCUCGCAUACUCAGCUGCCGCUUACUCCACUGACAUCUACUCCACGGGUGCUCCUGUGUCGGUCUAAUAGUAUUGAUGGAAGUGUCAUUCCGGUGACACCUGGGCCUGGAGAACAGACUGUUGAACCACGAAUCAAUAUCGGGUCCAGGUUCCAGGCUGAUAUUCCUGAGCUGCAGGACAGAUUGCUAAUGGAGAAAGAUGUGCACAAGGCUACUUUGGUUUGGAAACCGUGGCCAGAACUGGAGAACAAAGUCUUCCAACAAAGAGUGGAAGACCUUUUAAAUAUGAGCUGUUCCAGUGUGUUACCUGGUGGAGGAACUAACUCGGAAUACGCUUUGCACUCUCUCUUUGAAGCGAAAGGAGAUAUUAUGGUUGCUCUUGAGAAGCUGCUGUUGAGAAAGCCAGUAAGAUUGAAGUGUCAUCCUUUGGCAAAUUACCACUACGCCGGCUCUGACAAAUGGACGCAUCAAGAAAGGAGGCUGUUCAAAGAGGCAUUGUCCACCUACAGCAAAGAUUUCAUAUUUGUACAGAAAAUGGUUAAGUCUAAGACGGUUGCACAAUGUGUGGAAUACUACUAUACCUGGAAGAAAAUCUUGCGUUUGGGACGGAAACACAGAACACGUUUAGAGAAAAAAAGAGAGGAAUGCCUGACAAGUGGAGAAGAGGAGGUGUUAGAGGAAGAUGAGGAGAUCGAAGAAGACAGAAAGGAAGAAAGGGAAAUGCAGAAGUCUCCUGACCCACCAGCUAUCCCUCUUGUUGGACCUAUAGAUCUGCCUGCCCUUCAGAGCCUUUCACUUUCUUCAUCCUCCUUCAUCUGUGAAAUGCCAAAUUGUGGCGCUGUGUUCAGUUCCCGACAAGCGCUAAAUGGCCAUGCUCGCAUUCAUGGAGGUACGAAUCAGGUGACAAAAACACGGUGCACCAUUCCAGGCACUAAGCAGAAAUCUGGUACGCAGAGUGGAUACUGCUCCAUCAAGAGUUCACCCGCCCACAGUACAACAAGUGGUGAGACCGACCCAACAACAAUUUUUCCUUGCAAGGAGUGUGGCAAGGUAUUUUUCAAAAUCAAAAGCCGCAAUGCUCAUAUGAAGACUCACAGACAACAAGAAGAACAGCAAAGGCAGAAGGCUCAGAAAGCUGCUGUGGCAGCAGAAAUGGCAGCCACUAUUGCAAGAACUACUGGGCCAGUUGGGCAUAGUUUGAUCCCUCUGGAUCACAUGAGUUUGGUUAAACAUGUUGAAAAUGUUGGUGACAUUGAUGACGAUGUUGUUCAGGAGCUGGGUGAUGUCAUGGAAGAGAAUGAAGUCAUGGAUGCUGACCUUUUAUUGGAUGAUGAAGAUGCAGAUCUACUGCAGGAUGAUGCUGAGUUGUAAAUAAAGUUGUUUGAUAAAGACAGCUACUGAGCACACCCUGAAUGGAUCAAUCAGGAAACGUGGACUGCUUGUUUAUUCCCCAUUGAUUGUAAACUACCUGUUGAAAAUGAGAAUUCUUUUAUCCAGGUCUAGAAAAAAAGAAAUCUGCUUUUUUCCCUUUUUUUUUAUUAAUUUGUGUUUUUGGGGAAAAAAAUAAAUAAUUGGUACAAAUAUU